CCCACUUUAUAAGGACAUGUUCAGGCCAUAUAUUGUCCGAUGUGGGACUCUUAAUAGAUCCAAUACAAAUUAUUGAUUUUUUUUUGUUUCAUUUUUUUAAAAAAUGAUUUCAAUUGAUUGAUAAAUUAUUGAUGAUAAUUUUAUUUUAUUUUUCAUUUAAAAAAAAUGAUUUCAAUUGAUUGGCAUGAUUUGAGGGAUCUUACUCCUAUUGAGUCACUGGUAUGACAACAUAAACUCACAAUUUAGGACAAAAACUCUCAACUUUUACACAAAAAGAAACUGAUUCUUGAACCUUACAUAUACAUAUCAAACAUCAAAAAUAUAUCUCUAGUUACUAACAUCUAGUCACUUAUUUGUGUAAGACUUCUUUUACACAUGUAAAUUCAAUGUUGGAUGGCCAUUUUUUUUGCAUUUGAUAAACAUUUCAAAGAAGAAGAAUAUGUAAGAUAGGGAUAUACUAGGAGACAGAAAUGUUGAUGUACAUAAGCAUUUACAAACUGAGUUAUUAAUAACAUGCAUUCUUUUUCUCUUUACUGUUACUAUUAUUAUGAAAAACCAAUUAUGCAUUCCAUGGAUAAUCAUGGAGUAUAAAUUUGUUGAAUAUACUUAAAUAAAUUGUCUCUUUUUUCUCUGCCACAAGCAUUCUCUGUCCAAACAGUACGAAAUUGGUCAAAAGAACAACAUAAUUAUUUCAUUACAGCUAGUAGCUUAGCUUUAAUGCUCACUUGUCAAAAAUAUCAAUUAUUGCUUUCCAUCAAUUAUUGAAUCAGUAUUCACAUAUGACUCUUGUUUUACUAUUACAACAUGGCUGCAAUAGGAAGUGCUUUCCUCUCUGCAACUGUCCAGACCUUAGUUGAGAAACUUGCUUCCAAAGAGUUUCUUGAUUACAUCACAAACACUAAGCUUGACCUCUCACUCUUGAAACAGUUAAGGACAACACUACGCACUCUUCAACCUGUGCUUGACGCUGCGGAGGAGAAGCAGAUCAACACUCCUUCAGUCAAAGAAUGGCUUGAUGACUUGAAAGAUGCUGUCUACGAUGCUGAAGAUCUGCUCAACCAAAUUAGCUAUGAUUCCCUUCGAUGCAAGAUGGAGAACGCGCAACCUGCAAGCAAAACUAAUCAGGUGUGGAACUUCCUUUCUUCUCCUUUUAAAAAUAUCUAUGGAGAGAUCAAUUCCCAAAUGAAAGAUAUGUGUGAAACCCUCAAACUUUUUGCUGAUAAUAAAGAUAUCCUUAGUUUGCAAACUAAAAGUGUCAGAGUUUCUCAUAGAACACCUUCCAGUCCUAUGUUCAAUGAAUCUGUCAUGGUUGGUAGGAAAGAUGAGCAAGAGAAAGUAAUGAACAUGUUGCUAUCAGAAAGCAAUACUAAUAUGGGGGUAGUUGCAAUUGUAGGCAUGGGAGGUAUUGGAAAAACAACACUUGCACAACGUGCUUACAAUGAUGAAGAAGUUCAAAAGCACUUUGAUGUCACAGCAUGGGCGUGUGUAUCUGAGGAUUUCGAUAUCCUUAGAGUAACCAAAACUCUCCUUGAAUCUGUCACUAAAACACCAUCAGGAACCGACAAUCUUGAUUUACUUCGAGUUGGCUUAAAGGAAAAUUUAAAAGACAGGAGAUUUUUGAUUGUGUUGGAUGACUUAUGGAAUGACACUCAUCAUGAUUGGGAAGAUCUUGUAUCGCCGUUGAUUUAUGGAAAAAAUGGAAGCAGAGUGAUCAUCACAACACGUCACGAAAAAGUGGCCGAUGCUGCACGCACAUUUCCUAUUUUUGAACUAGAUCCUCUAUCAGAUGAAGACAGUUGGUCUUUACUCUCCAAACAUGCAUUUGGAAGUGGAGACUUUUCUGAAGCUCAACAGCGAAACGUAGAAACAAUUGGAAGGAAGAUUGCAAGAAAGUGUGGUGGAUUGCCAAUUGCUGCGAAAUCGCUUGGAGGACUGUUGCGUUCAAAAGUAGAUACCGAAGAGUGGAUUGAAGUUCUGAACAACGACAUAUGGAACUUAAAGGAUAAUAAUAUUCUUCCUGCAUUGCGCCUGAGUUAUCAAUAUCUUUCCUCUCAAUUGAAAAGAUGUUUUUCCUAUUGCUCUAUUUUUCCAAAGGACUAUCCACUUGAUAGGAAGCAAUUGGUUUUGUUGUGGAUGGCAGAAGGCUUCCUUGAUAAUUCCCAAGUCGACAAAACCAUGGAAGAAGUGGGUGAUGGGUGUUUUACUGAAUUGUUAUCCAGAUCAUUGAUACAACAAUUGCAUGAUGAUUCUAGAGGACAGAAAUUUGUCUUGCAUGACCUUGUUAAUGAUUUAGCUACGGUCGUAUCUGAAAAAAGUUGUUACAGACUUGAAUUUGGCGCCAAGAGCUAUGAAAAUGUUCGACACUUGUCAUAUAAUAAAGAAAGAUAUGACAUUUUCAAGAAGUUUAAGACUUUUGACAAAUUCAAACGCUUGAGAAGCUUCUUUGGCAUCAACCCUCAAUGGACAUCAAAUAAUUUAUCAAGAAAGGUGGUCGAAGAUUUGCUACCCACAUUUGGAAGGUUGCGUGUGUUAUCGUUAUCAAGAUAUAGCAACAUCACCAUGCUACCUGUUACAAUUGGCAAUUUAGUGCAGUUGCGCUAUCUAGAUCUCUCUUACACUUAUAUCGCAAGCUUGCCUGGCACCAUAUGCAAUCUCUACUACUUGCAAACCUUGAUUUUAUCUUGCUGCUCAAAACUCACAGAAUUGCCUGAACAUGUUGGAAAAUUAAGUAAUUUGCGUCAUCUUUAUAUUGAUAGGACAAGCAUAACAGAGAUGCCGAAGCAAAUUGCUGAACUUGAAAACCUUCAAACUCUAACUGUUUUUGUAGUAGGCAAGAAAAAUAUUGGUUUAAGUGUUAGAGAGCUUGGGAAGUUUCCUAAGCUACGGGGAAAAUUACUCAUCAAGAACCUGCAAAAUGUCAAUGAUGUCAUGGAGGUAAGUGGUACUAACUUGAAGAGCAAAGAACAUAUUGAGGAAUUGACGCUAGAGUGGGGCAAGGAAACUGAUGACACACUUAAUGAAAAAAAUGUGCUUGAUAUGUUAGAACCAUCUACAAACCUAGAAAAACUGAGCAUAGGAUCAUAUGGUGGGACAAGUUUUCCAAGUUGGUUUGGAGAUCCUUCGUUUUCUAACAUGGUGUCUCUCAACAUUAGUACUUGUGUGAAUUGCAUGACACUUCCAUCACUAGGGCAGCUACCUUCUCUCAAGGACUUGCAGAUUAUUAGAAUGACAUCUAUUGUGGCAAUUGGGCAAGAGUUCUAUGGCAUGGCAGCAGGAGGUUCCAAUUCUUCGUUCCAACCAUUUCAAUCCCUCGAGAAUUUGGGAUUUUAUUACAUGGGAAAUUGGAAAGAAUGGUGUCCUUUUCCAGACAACAUGUUUCCUUUUCCUCGUCUGAAAACUCUGAUGUUAGUAAGUUGUCCCGAAUUGAAAGGACAUUUACCUAGUCAUCUUCCUUCCUUAGAAGAGAUUACAGUACAUACUUGUGAUCAUCUCUUGGCAACACCACCUACUCCACAUUGGCUCUCCUCAGUAAAAAAGAUUCGUAUUAUGGUAGAUUCAGAUUCAAUAAGCAAUACUGAAAGGACCCAAUACUCAUUGCUCGAGAGUGAUUCUCCUUGUCUACUGGAAACAAUAGACAUAUCGGGCCGUCAUAUGCUAAAAUCUGUACCUAAAAUGAUUAUAAGCAGCACCUGUCUUCGAGAAUUGGAUCUCAAUGGUAUUAGUUCUCUCACUACGAUUCCAACAAAUAUUUUACCCACUUCUUUGCAAUCACUUUGUAUUCGAAAUUGUGAGAACUUAACAUUCCUUCCUCCUGAAAUGUGGAGCAAUUACACAUCCCUUGUGACUCUUAGAUUAGACUACUGCUAUGCACUUACCUCCUUCCCACUGAAUUGUUUUCCUGUGCUCCAAGAGUUUUCCAUCCGAAGAUGUAGUAGUUUGGAAUCUAUUUUUAUUUCACAAACUUUGCCUUGUAGCUCGUCGGCCCUCCAAUCUUUUUAUGUCCGUGAUUGCAAGGCACUUAGAUCACUACCUCAACAGAUGGACACCCUCACCGCUCUUGAACAUAUACAUCUCCGCAAUCUUCCAAAUUUGGAUUUAUCAUUAUGUGAAGGAGCUUUCCUACCUCCCAAUAUACAAUCAAUUUUGGUAUAUUCUGUGAGGAUAACAAAGCCGGUAACAGAGUGGGGUCUCCAAUGUCUCACUGCUCUUUCAUCAUUGCAUAUCAAAGGUGAUGAUAUUGUGAACAUAUUGAUCAAAGAGCCGUUGUUGCCCAUUUCCCUUGUGUCUCUAUAUAUCCGUAAUCUCUCUGAAAUGAAAUCCUUAGAAGGAAAUGGACUUCGACACCUCUCCUCUCUACAAGUCCUUUACUUUUUUAAUUGUUCAGGGCUUGUGUCUUUGCCAGAAAAAGCCUUUCCCUCCUUGCUGAAAACACUUGAGUUCAGCCGUUGUCCAAGACUAGAGUCACUGCCAGAGGACAACCUCCCUUCCUCUUUAGAGCAUUUGUACAUUAGAGAUUGCCAAUUGUUAGAAGAAAGGUAUAAACGGAACGAACAUUGGUCCAAACUUGCUCACAUCCCAGUCAUACAAAUAAAUGGCCAACUCAUAAUAUGAACCAAGGCCAUUGAGAAGCCAAGAGAAUGAAGAAUUUCAAUUCUGUUUCAGAAUCCAUGUAAUUUGGUAAUUCAGUUGGGUGUGUUUGUUCUUGUGGCUGACAUAGAUUGCUAAAAGACUGAGAUGAAAAAGAGAGCUGAAUUUGGUUGCUUAAGAAGGUUAUCGCCUGUUCUCUUCUCCAACACUGCAACCUAUUCUCAGUUUUUUUAUUCUGUACCACAUAAAUGUUUAUAUUUUUUCUUUCUAUCUUAAUCAUGCGCAAUAAUAACCAUGUGAAGACAUUUAUGAAUUGUUUUAUUGAAUGUAUCUUUUGAAGCAUUACUACAGUGAGUGUUGCUUUUAACAUGACUACAGAACUAUAUACAAUUUAAGAAACAAUACAAGUACAAUACUCCUUGCUUGCUGUUACAAACUAAUGCUAUUUUUACAUAAAAAAUCAAACAAUGGGAUUACUGUUUCUAUCUCUGGUGUCGAGAUCCAUUAAUUAAUUUAGUUCUCUGAUUCAUUACAUCAAUGACCGAAAUUUGGCCGUGGUCAAAUGUACUAAAAACACAGUGAAUGAACAAUAGGGCUUCAAGUACAAGGUAACGCUGAUUGAAAGUUUGUGAGGCUUCAAAUGCGUUUCACAUAAUAAGGACAUAAUCAAACAUAUGAUUUGGAUGUGCAAUGGAGAAUUUAAAAUAAUUUAAGGGCAAAAUUAUACAGUCCUUCUGUAUUUAGUUAUAAGAUCAUUUUCAAAAUUUCACAUGUAUUAAUGAUUUACUGGUUAAAAAGUUCUUACUAAGACUAGUAUUGGUCGGCUCAACGAAGAACAAAGUCUACAUCUUAGUAGGCUCGACAUAUGAUAGAUUGUGAACUGAUAUGAAAGACCACAAAGCUCGUAAUAUUUCAACUUAACUAACUAGAUCCUACCUUGAUACUAGUUUGACUAUUUAAGUCAUGCUUACAUACGUGAGACAUUCAGCGUGGAGCAACACUGUAAAUUUCCAAUAACCUACCUCCAUUUUCAAACAACUCACUACUAUGGUAUCACGAAGACCAACCUAAACCUCGUUUGGUUCUACACUACAUAAAAAUUUCAACUCACAACUAGCUCAACUUCUAGAGGUAGCACGUGAGUUCCAAUAGCAAAAUGUGAAACAACAAC